AUGAAAAUUUUAAUUGUAAAUGGGUAUGGGAAAUGUAUAAAAGGAUUCAGAAGUUCAGAACAUUAUAAAUAAAUGAUAAAAGAUGUAUUGAUGAAUAGUAAAUUAAGUUGUUAGCAGGAAAAAAGGAAAUGAUAGAUACAGAGUUAGAGUUCUUUAUAGCAGAUAGAGAUACAAUAGAUGAUUUCCUAUAUGAGAUUGAUAGUUCUUUUGUAAGAGUAGAAUGUGGUAAGAUGUUUGAUUCAAUUGAUUUGAUAUUCUUUGAAGGAGACGCUAAUCUUAGACCAUGGUCACCUAAUGCAUAUAAAUUUCUUAUAUUUUUAAGAAUGUGUAUGAGAAGUAAUAAGAUACUAUUUGCAUCCUCUUUUGCUAUGCAAGGAUUAGUAUUUUUGAUAGCAUCUAAUAUCGAAUGUGUAUAUUAUGUAAUUUAUUUUAGUAAUUAUCAAUUGUAAAUGGAUUAAAUGGAAGUUAACUAGGUGAUUUAUCUAAAAUAAAAAAAUCAAUGAACGAAAUUCGUAUGAGUGAUUACUUUUUAGAUAAUGUAACAGGUGAUCUAUAUAGUUUUAAUUAUGAUACUGGAGAAUGGGUAGGAAAAGGUAAUGCUGGACUUCAUAGUAGAAGAGCAGCUGAAGAAUUCAAAACUAUAGGUAAGUAUAUUGUUAAGGCACCUCAAUAUAAAGUAUAAAGAAUGAAAGAAAUAGAUUUAUUAUAUGUAUCUAAAGAAAACGAGGUUGUUUGUUCUUUGAGAAAGAACUCUAUGCAUAAUUAUUUAUUCUAUGAUUUACCAUUUGAAUUUGUUGUUCCAUUUAAAAAUUCUUGGGAUGUUCAUCCAUUUAAUUUUGUAAACCCUAAAAAAACAUUUUAAACUAUGGCUGAUUGUGAAAAAGGUUACAUUUCUAUAUCUAUUCUAUUCAAGGUCCACUUGUCAUUUCUGUCUCUGAUAACAUUGUGGCCACUCAAUUCUCUAUCAGAUCCAAAUAUAAAGAAACUGUCUUAAUGUUAAAAAAUUUUAUGGGAUAUUAAUUAAGUAUAUCUAUUUAAUAUCUAGCCAAAUUAUGUUCUGGAAGAGCUUAGACUAUACCUAUUGAAAUUGCAUCAAUUAAAUAAAAUGAUAAUGCUAUGGAUAUUUAUCUUGAAUAAUUAAGUAGAAGUAAGUAUAAUAAUCAAAAAACAAUCAAAUUUAAUGUGAUUACAGAAUUUCAUCAUGCUGGUUUUGCAGCUAAAAAGUCUAAUUAAUUAGAUGUUGUUGUAAAUAAUUCUAUUGGUAAAAAGAAAUUCAAAUAAACUUAAUCAAAACUUAAUCCAAAAGAUUUAGAUCAAUUGCUAUUAUAUGUAAUAAAUAAUUCUUAUUAAAAAAGAAUCCUUCCACAUCAACUAUUUAAUUAUAAUAAUAAUCAUAAUAAUAAGAACCCUAACCAAAAUAAAGUAUUUAUUGUUCUUCACCAAAUCAUUUUGAUGAAGUAAGAAAUUAAGCCUUUUAAAGAUCUAAUAUAGAAAUUAUUCAAACUCUCCAUCCUUCUAUUGAUCCUGCAUUAUUUGCUUAAAAUAGACCUUUAUGGGUUCCAGGUUAUCUAUCUUAAACUCGUUUAUAAAAAUGUUAAAUGAAUAAAAAAUAAAAUACUACAAGUGAAGAUAAUCCUUCUAAUACACAUAUUUUGACUGAACUUAAAUAUAAUACAACACCUAGAAUUCCUAGGGGUUAGUCUCAACCUCAUUUCAGAGUUAUCUAAAAAGAUAAAUGGAUGACAAACAAAAAUUUUUAAGUUUGA